AUGCAUUCAAUCCCGCACUUCUCCGAGGCCGUGUGGACUGGGUGGUUCUGCUGGGGAAUGGUGGCUCGCCGAUGCAAGCCGACGCCGCGUACGACACCGGUCGGUGUCGCAGCGGCAAUGAGUACCAAGGAUAGCUCAUCACGCAUCAGCCGCGGAUGGGCGGAUAAUGCGGUAUGUGUUCGGCAGGGCUCUAAAUUGGCCGAGGAGCCGGCUUCGUAA